CUCCUUGCUCAGAAGUGGCCUUUUGGAGAUUCUGAAUUUGGACAGUUUCUUUGCAAAUUCCUUCCCUUUAUACAGAAGGCAUCGGUGGGAAUCACAGUCCUUAAUCUCUGUGCCCUUAGUGUGGACAGGUACAGAGCAGUUGCCUCCUGGAGCCGUGUCCAGGGAAUUGGAAUCCCUAUGAUCACUGCUAUUGAAAUUUUCUCCAUUUGGCUUCUGUCCUUUAUUCUGGCUAUUCCAGAAGCAAUUGGUUUUGCUGUGGUACCCUUCAAAUACAAGGAUGAAGGUUAUGUUACCUGCAUGCUCAAUCCUACAACUAAUUUUAUGUUGUUUUACAAAGAUGCAAAGGAUUGGUGGCUGUUCGGUUUCUAUUUCUGCAUGCCACUGGCGUGUACUGCCAUCUUUUAUACGCUAAUGACUUGUGAAAUGUUAAACAGAAGAAACAGCAACUUGAGAAUCGCUCUCAGUGAACACCUUAAGCAGCGUCGAGAAGUUGCAAAGACAGUUUUCUGCUUAGUAGUGAUUUUUGCUCUUUGCUGGUUCCCUCUCCAUUUGAGCCGCAUUUUAAAGAAAAUGGUAUACAAUGAAAGAGACCCCGGCAGAUGUGAACUGCUCAGUUUCUUGCUGCCAUUGGAUUAUAUCAGCAUCAACCUGGCAACCAUGAACUCUUGUAUAAACCCAAUAGCUCUGUAUUUUGUGAGCAAGAAAUUUAAAAACUGCUUCCAGUCAUGCCUUUGCUGUUGCUGCUCCCAAUCUAAGAGUCUAGUGACUUCAGUGCCCAUGAACGGAACAAGCAUUCAGUGGAAAAAUCAAGAACUAAACAAUCACAAUACAGAUCGAAGCAGCCAUAAAGACAGCAUAAACUGAAAAAUAAGGACUCUGAUACCACUUCAGAAUCAAACAGGAAAAAAAAAGUCACAACAAAGCUAUUUCAACAGGAAGCCCAGUGACUGUUCCAUAAUCAGUUCAGACGUGUGCACAUUUGUACCUAAUUCUAGAGGUGACUGAGUAGAUUGACUAUAACUGUGAUGUUCUGUGAACCGAGAUCUACUGGAUGGUAAUUCUGUCUCUGAAAAUGAUACUGAUAUGAUUAUGACACCAAAAAACUGACUUGAACUACACAGGUGGUUUGCUCUUCUGAACCAAGCAGGAACUGUCCAGUGUCUGUGACUGGUACAAUACAAUCUUUUUACCUGAUUUUCACCUAGAAUUAAUCCCUCCAGAAUUUUUCAGAAGAUAUCAAAAUGGAAUCUGUCCGUGACUAUAUUUUCUCUCUGCCAUUUGUCUCUUAAUUUUUAUUUGUGUGGUGGAUAUAUUCCACGCACCAGUACGUUUUGCAUGUUGUUGUUGUUGUUGUUGUUGUUGUUGUUUUUCAGGUUUAUGUUCGAAAAUGUUUUGGUCCACACCAGUAUUUUAUUUACUUAGGUUAC